AUGAAUCUCGGAUUAUUGUUUUUCGCCAUCUUCGCCAAGGUUGGCGAAAGUGCUUAUUUUCCUGACCUCGAGCAAGAGAAGGCCGUUCUUCAGAACAAAGACUUCGUUGCCUAUGCCGGGCUUCAUGGCAUGAACUUGAGCAUACAUGACGUCGUCACGCCCGACGGGUGGAUCCUCGAGGUUUGGAGGGUGCGGAACAUGGAGAUUUUCGACGCGGAGGUCUCGUCGCCUGUGAUCCUCGGUCACGGAUUCGUAGGAACCGCUUUCGAUUUUAUCUGGAACCUGCGAAACGAGAGCGCUGCGUUCAUCCUAGCGGACAGCGGCUACGAUGUUUGGCUCCCUAAUUGGCGAGGGAACCACUUCAGCGAUCGUAUAUUGGACGAAGGAAGACGGAGGAAGCCCACGGCUGAAGAGUACUAUCGUAGCGGUUGGCAGUACAUGGCAGAAUUCGACUUCCCCUCUGUAAUCGAAGAAGUUCUCAGCACCACUGAGCAGUCCAAAAUUUACGUUGCUGGCCAUUCCAUGGGCGGAACGCUCAUGUCUGCUUUCCUCUCCACCAACCAUACUUUUGACGGCCAGAUUUCUCACUUCGCGGCUCUGACACCUGUUCUCAGGUUCGGCUUGGAUACCCCGAAGACUUUCCUCGCGGCUGUGCUGAUCGGCCCCACCGUUGUUCACUACUUGCCAACGUUCCUCUUCAGAGCGAUCUUCGGCAGACAGCUCCUCGCCUAUCCUGACGAGGACACCAUCGCUUACAUCAGAUCGCUGGUGUGCAACGCAGUUCCCCUUGUCUGCCACCUGAUCGUUGCCGCCGCUGUCGGACGGGAUAUGCAAACGCUUCGCUUCACUGACUCUCACAUUAACAAGACCCGCGUAGAAGUCUAUGAGACCGAACAGGUGGGCGGAACCGGUCCCAUGGCGGCUCUGAACUUCGCCGAUCAGAGGCUGGCGAUCAUCUGGAGCGCAUUAGAUUUCUCGUCGUCCUAUCCCCAAACCGGUUUCACCAAUACGGGGCAGUACGGGAGCGAAACGCCGACGCAAUACGAUUUCGCGGCUAUCGAAGUCCCGAUUUCGAUAUUCUACGUAUACAAUGAUCCUUUCAACGGCCCCGAGUCAGCGCAAGGCGUCAUUGACACGCUCCAGCCGACAUUCUCCAAAUUCAUCGAAGGAGAUAGUCUGAGCCACAAUGACGUCGUAUUGGCGACUGACAGCCGUUGUUAUAUCUACAAUGACGUAGUGGCUACUUUCGACAAUCUAGAGAACGAGAGGGACGAAGCACACAGGACUUACCGUUCUCGAGUGGAGGCUCAUCUGAGAGAGCUCCCGUAUGAAGACGGCUGUGUCGGUAAGAGCAGCUGA